CUGCUUUCAAUUUUAAUUAUGAUUGAAUCAGGAAAUUGAAGAUACUAAACAGGCGUAAGAAAAUUACAAGUUGGUUUCACUUGUUAACUAACUGACUCGUAUUAUAUGUGAUUACUGCAAGAGACCAGGACACAUCAGGGACAAAUGCUAUAAGUUGCAUGGUUACCCACAGACAAAUAACAACCCACAAACAAACAAUUAUCCAAAUUUUAACAAUCAGAAUGGAUACAGAGACAGAAGCAACAAUCAGAAUUCCAGGUUCAACAGGGGUAAGAGUCUUAUGGCUGAUGUUCAAAGUGGUUGUUGUUCAGGGGAAGAGGUGCACAGGGGAAAUCAUAAUGACACCGGUCCCCAAUUGACAAGAGAACAAUAUACACAAUUUGUGGAGCUAUUACAACAGUUUCAGACUGAGAAAGACAAUGCCAAUCAGAUGGACUUUGCUGGUGGUAAUGCAAAUUUCGCAGGUAUGAUAGCAUGUACUUCUUCAAUUGAUUUUGGCAAGUUAUCUUGCAGAUGUUCUCACAACAAGAAUGACUCUUGGAUCCUUGACUCAGGAGCCUCCAAUCAUAUGACUUUUGACAUAACAUUCCUAACAAACAUUACUUAUCUCCCUUGCCCUUUAUUGAUUACUUUACCAAAUGGUUACAAGGUGAAAGUUGUGCAAAUUGGUAAUGUGGUACUUGCAUCAAACAUUGUUUUACAAGAAGUGUUGUAUGUGCCUUCUUUUAAGUACAAUCUUGUUUCCAUUAAUUGUCUUUCAAAAUCCAUACCUAAAAGCAUUGUGCAUUUUUCUGAAUCCUCAUGCAUUCUGCAGGCCCCUUCAAUGAAGAGGCCUCUGGUCAUUGGUGAAGCAAAAGAUGGACUAUAUUUUCUAUGUUCUAAGUGUCCUGGUGCUUCAUGUGCUGCUUCAACUACUUCCACUACUGGCUGCCUGUCAAGUCAAGAUGUUUUCAAUUCUAAGUUUGUUUCUGUCCCUACUUCUUCAUGUAGACACAGUACAUGUGAUUCUAAGUCCAAGUCUGUUUCAUUUCCUGCUUCUUCAUGUACCUGUACUCAACACUGUGUUUUAGUCAAUAAAAGUCCUAAUAUUUCUGCUUCUUUUCUGACUCAUGCUUGCAAUGAUGUGAAUGUGUUGUGGCAUAAUAGACUUGGACAUGUACCUUUUGUGAAAAUGAGAGAAAUUAAGUCCAUACCUGAGAAUUUUUCUGCCAAACAACCUUUCCUUUGUCAAAACCCGUUUGCCGCCUCAUCGACGUGUCUCUUUCAACAUUCAACAAAGCUAUUGAGGCCUGAGGAUCUUGUUUUUGCCAUUUAUUCAACAGAGCUAUUGAGGCCUGAGGAUCCUUUUUUUGCCAUUUAA